GCCGUGCGUCCGGUGCCGGUGCCUGCGGCCGCCUCGGAACUCGGGUGCCGCGCCUGUCGGGGGAGGGGAACGGCAGCGGGGCGCGCGGGGCGAGCGCCUGGAGCUCGUGGGGUGCGGUGGCCCUGGUGUCCAGAGGAGCCCCGGGCGCCUCCGCACCCGCGGUCUUCGCUUCGCGGGCGGUGAGCGCCCCACGGGUGUGCUGGGCGCACGGCUGCAGCCCUGAAGCCCGCCAGCGCCCACCGAGAACCUCGCUGCCCCGAUGGCCCCAGGGGCACUCGCAGGUCACUCUGCUGGGCUCGUCAGCCCCCGCCGCCCUGGAGCGGGCCGUGUGGCACCAGUCGGCGCCUCCUUCGGUUGGGACUCUGGGCGCUCAGCAGCACGUCCCUCCUGUUUCCCAGGCGUUUAGUGAUCUCUGUGGGGUCAGGUGGGCAGCUGUGAGUCCGAAGGUCACCAGCCCUGGGCAAGGGAAGACCUAGCGUCCCCACGUGUUCCUGAAGGGUGCGGCAGGUCGGGUUUGAGGAGAUGCAGACACACCCAGGGAGCCUGGGCUGGGGUAACAGAGGGCGUGAGGAGGGGGCUGCCUGCCGGGCGGGUCCUGGGCCGGUGCCCCGUGUGUUGGGUUGGGGUCGGGCUGUGAUGCCAGCGGCUGUGAUGUUCUCCGGAGCUGCUGGUACAGAGACCUGGACCACAGACGGGGCAGUUGGGUGAGCAGAAAUUAGGGCUGCUGAGGCCAUUUCCCGGCACUCCAGGGUCCCCCUGAGCAGACCGGCUUUCUGCGGCUUGGCCGCUCCUCCAGGGAGAGGACAGUGCUCGUGCUGCCUUACCCGGGGACCUCCCUUGUGAUCAUAGCGGCCGCAUCGCUCUGGGCUCGUCCUGCCCCCAUCCCUGGUCAGCCCUUGUCACCAGCCACAGGUCUGACGUGAGCCAUUCACCCAGGGUCACAUCUGUCGUCUCGGUGGCUUCUCGUGGUACAGCCCUCCCCAGAGCACAGGGGUCGCUGCUUGGAAGAACUUGCGUGUGAGACGAGAACCAGCCGUGAUAAUUACAGGUUUCCGGGAUGGCCUUCUGUGGCGGGCAGUUCCCCGUUCCAGGCGUCGCACUCGCCUUUGCUCUGAUCCCGCAGAGGUCCCCACACUCCGCGCCCCACGCUCAGGAGCUGUUCCACGCGCCAGCAUCACCGAAGAGGACAGGCUCGGGGACUAGGUGCCUGAGUGUUUCUCGCAGACGCGCCCCUUCUGCCGGACUCCACGGCACUGGUGGGGAGCAGCGUGAGAGGCAGAAAGGGCGGCAGGCUCCCGUCCAGCGCGUCCCGGGAGCCCUGUCUCUGGGCGAGUGUUCAGCGCUUGGCCGCAGCCUUCUCUGCCAAGAGCCCGAGGGGAGGCCUUUAGGAUGGACGAGCCAGCACGGCACUUCCGUCUGCUGCCCCAGGAAGCAGAGCCCUGCGGCGCCGACGGCCCCAAAGGGCAAAUGGCGGAAACACCCGAAGCAUUCAGAGCUGAGAGGACUGGGGCCGGGGGCGAGUUGGUGUUCCUGCGCCGCGUGCGUGAGGGUUCGGGUUAGCGUGAGACCCAGGGAAGCCACAAUAAAGAGCAGGGUGGACCGCACCAGAGCCCUGUUCUGUCGUGCGCGGAGCACCCUGAGCCGUGGGGACACGCUGCUCGGGAUGGUCACUUUUUGAAGAAUUUUCAUCUAAAACACCUUACCUGAGCCUGACCGAGGCAGCAGAUGCAGCUGCCGCUUUACAGGCCGUGCCGGAGCCAAAGUCCAGCCGCCGCGAGGGAAAGAGCCACGGGUAGGGAGGAAGGCCACUCAGGCGGUUUUUCUGGACUUGGAAGCAAAAAAGGAGGGGCUGCCCUUCUAGAGGCGCCAGCCAGCUGAGGGAG